CUCGCAGCCGGGGGGGCCGCCCCGCCGCUCGGCCCGUGCGCAGGCGCGGCGGGGCCGGUACCGGGGUGCCGCCGCGCCCGGCGGGGCCGCAGCAUGCGGCAGGCACUGACUCAGCAGCGCCCGGCGGGGCUCGCCCUGCCCGACUCCGUGGGGUCAUUCAAUAGAAGAAAAAGAAAUUCCCUCUACGUAACUGUGACUCUCCUCAUUGUGUCAGUAUUAAUUCUAACGGUGGGCCUAGCUGCUACAACAAGAACCCAAAAUGUGACUGUUGGAGGUUAUUACCCAGGGGUUAUUCUUGGUUUUGGUUCGUUUCUUGGAAUAAUUGGAUCAAACUUGAUAGAAAACAAAAGGCAAAUGCUGGUUGCAUCGAUCGUCUUCAUCAGCUUUGGUGUAAUUGCUGCGUUCUGCUGUGCCAUAGUAGACGGUGUCUUUGCUGCCAGACACAUAGAUCUGAGGCCGCUGUAUGCAGGGCGAUGUCAGUACUACUCCAAGAGCACGACCCCACCAGAGGCAAUCUGUCACCCACAGCGCCGUGCACCCUGCACACCGAAAAUAAAAAUCAACACCUGCUUCUGCUGUGACCUGUAUAACUGUGGAAACAGAGUAGAGAUUUCUGGAGGCUACUAUGAAUACAUUGAUGUCAGCAGCUGCCAGGACAUCAUCCACCUUUACCACUUGCUUUGGUCGGCAACGAUUCUGAACAUAGUGGGGCUGUUCCUAGGGAUCAUUACGGCAGCGAUACUUGGAGGCUUUAAAGACAUGACUCCUUCCCUCCCUACUCUGAACUGUACAGUUGAAAACGCACACCCUUCGGUGUCCUACUACUCAAGGCCACAAGUAACAUCUUACAACACCUACUACCACAGCACUCCUCACCUGCCUCCCUACUCCGCAUACGACUUUCAGCAUUCCAGCGUGUUUCCAGCCUCCACUCCCUCUGGCCUCUCCGAUGACCCCCAGUCAGUGUCACCGUCUCCCAGCUAUAUGUGGUCCUCCAACGCACCGCCUCGUUACUCGCCACCCUAUUUUCCACCUUUUGAAAAGCCACCACCUUAUACUCCGUAAAGAAUGUGGGAAAGAAGAAAAAGAAAAUAUUUGCCAUUGAAAUAUUGUGAACAUUUUGUAUUUAUAUUUUCCUGUGGGAGGGCUGGGGAGGGCAGAUACUGGAGAUCAUUGCCAAUGCAGAUAUUAGAUUGGACUGUUCUUUCUUGCGAGACUUAUUUCAGAGGUGUAGCAACAGAGUAUGAGAAAGGGACAUACUGCUAGUGUUUUGCAGUGUCAGUGAGUAGGUGACCUAAAUUCCAGGCUCCUUGUUUUACCAUGAGGUUCACGUAGUCCUUGGUUUUUAAUAAAGCGAUACAACACGUGAUAGAUUCUGGUCUGCCUUACUCCAGCUUGUGCCAAGCUGAAGUACGGGUAGCCAAGAUCAAUAGCUGCUGGAGAGUAUCAGUUUAAGGCGACGGUGUUUGCAGACAGCUGGACUUGACAUUUUGUUUGGCCUUGGGGCUUCAGUUGCUGGGAUUUUUGGGGGCUGCAGAACCUCACAUCACUUGUUGAUUACAGCCCAGGCACUGGGAAGAUCCUGGGGGAAGGCACGACAGUGUCUCAAACAUCAACGCUAAUGAAAAGAUGUAACAUAAUAGGAUAUUGUCAUGUAUGUCUAGCAAAACAAUUGGAAUAUUGCUAUUUUUUUGAGGGGAAAAAGCUUUAAUAAGCAAGCUGGUUUUAUUUCAGGAUGCUUCUUAAGAUAAGAGGUGAAACGCAGUUGUCUCUCUCUGAAUUCUGUGUAAGUAAUGCUGAAGGCAAAUAGUUUGGGUGUUGUGCUAAUUGCUUGUAUUCCUAUAAAGAGCAUCAGGAACAGUCCACAAGUCACUGAAACAGUGCAGUGAAAACAUUAGUACUAUUUUUUUUUUCCCUUCCGUUUUGUUCAGAAUUUUUUUUUAAGGUUGUACUUUUAACUUUUUUAAUGGACUGAAUCAACACCCUGAAUAAGCACUGUUUUAGUAGCUGUAUUAUGGGCUGCACAUAAGGAAUAUCCACUACUAGUUCUCCAAAGUGUUAAGUCUCACAUGGAUAAAAUUCAACACCCUGUAAUAUAGGAUGAAACUGAUAAGAUUUUGCAUUUAUUGCUGUGACUUUCAUUUAAUCUUCAGCUGAUGAGUGUGCUGAUUGAUCUAGAUUCCAACAGAUUUUGCAUGCAUCCUGCAUAACAAAAGGUCAGCUUUGUUAUAUGACCACUGUCCUGUAAAGUGUGGUUCUACUCUGGGAAGUGAUUUCAGAUGACAGCAUUCAGAUCCAAGCUGCUCCAUCUGAGUGUUCUCAACUGCGUGCUUCAGGGAUAAAAAUAAGGUAUUGACAUUUUACUCCUUAUUUCCUAGAGGUUUAAUUUCCUUGGUUUAGAUUGUUGACCCUAAUCCUCAAUUGUAUACCUUUACUUUCAACUGAUGCAGAAAAAAACAGUAUCUAAAAGCUAAAUCUGGCUUUUAGAAUCUCAAAGUGGAAUACAUGCUGGGGGAGGAAUCCAAUUGGAUUUUAAACUGUGGCAUCUCUCUACUAUAGUCUUAAAAAAAAAAAAAGAAAUACUGUCAAAAUGGAAAAAGAAACACUGAUCUCACUUUUCAAAGUACACCCACACUUUACAGUGCUGUUUUUAAUCCUAUGCAUUUGCAAAGCCUUUAGGCUAGGCUAUGUGCUAACCUUAUCAUUUCUGCUGUCAAAUACUUACCAGUGUAUUAAGCUAAAGGAUGAUGCUGUUUAUCCAGAGGCAAGUGUAACUGUUCUUCAGUAAGAACGAAAAAAUAAACAGCUGGAUAAAGGAAUAACUCAUGGGAUUUAAAGCAGUAGUGUAUACAGAACAUACCCUGGUGAUGCUUCAUUUUACUCUAGAUUGUUGAAGUGCAGCUCCUAUAAAUUUGCACAAUGGAAAUAAAUCUAUCUACUGGGGCGUCAUCUGUUUUAUAUUACAUUUUCUUGAAUUAAAUCUCGAUGAAGAGAUCACGAGCGGUGACAAAACAGGCAGUACUUCUCGUGAGAAAACUCCUCGCAAAACUAGAAUCAGGAGGGCACGUGAAGUUAAUAUCAGAAAACACAUUACUGCUGCAUCUUUGAAAUAAGAGCUAACAGUCCUGUCCCACUUCUGACAACCACUCUCUACCAUUUGUGCCUGUCAACUAAAUAGGGCUAGAAGGACUAGGGGACACUGCAGGGCAGGACUAAGACGCUCCCGAGGGGGACAGACCUUGGUGGCAGAGAAACAAUUAGGAAAUGAAUCCGUCAUUGGUUUUGAGUUGACAAAUACGAAAUACAAUUAUCCAAAUUCUCCUUUUUUUCUACGGAAUAGUUAAGCAAAAAUUACAUUGCUGCUUUAAAUUCACUGUAAAAGGACAAGUCCAUUUUCACAUUUGAAAAAUGACCGGUGGGAUUUUCUGUUGAAUUACUCGUUUCCUUCUGCUUGAGUAAAACUAAGCGUUUCAUGUAAAUGCGACUUUCUGCACUGUAUUCAUCAUUUCUUAUGAAAAUGUCCAGAUUGUGACUCAUAUGUACCCUUUUAUUACUUUACCAAAGUUAAAUAAAAUUGUGUCUUUUGUAAA